UCCUUCCCUUUUCAUCCAGCUGCCGCUCAGUUUGAGCCUCUCGCAUCUUGCGCUUCACGGCCUGCCUCUCCCUGAUCUCGAAUCCAAACUCGAGACCAUGUAUCACAGCAGCUGAGAUGGACCACAACCCGCCGCGGCCUCCGCUCCGCUCGGCCACAUCCUCGAGCAGCUUCAGCAGGAUCUCCACCGUCUCCGACUUUACGGACCUCGACAGCUUCCAAAGUGCCCUGGCAGACUCGCAGCUACAAACGCAGCCUUCGCCCGCCUCGCUUCAAACGUCGGGUGUCCAUGUCGGCACUUACUUCAGCCAUGAAGGCUAUACGUACGCCAGUCCGACCUCGUCCUGGGCCAGCUUCACAGGCCCCUCGCAUUUCACUGGCUACUCGCCCGUGGCUUCGACAGACCGGUCACUGCCCUACAGCCCAGGUCGGAGCCAUGCCCACAGGCACUAUGCGGCCAUCCCCGAGGAGGAGGACGGCAUCGACCUCGGCCUUAUCAGCUCAGCCGCCCCGGUGAGCAGCGGCGGCGAGACCGAGAUGUCGGAAGCACGCGCCGCCUCCACUCCCAUGUUCGACUUUACCAGCACCUUGGGACCGACCACGCAAGCGGAUGAGGCCUUCAUCCAGGCACUGCAGCAACAGGAGGCCCAGGGGAGGCUGACGGGCGGUCUGGGCGCCGGCAUCAAAACCGACUUGAUGCUAACCGAGUCUGCACUGCUGGCCUCGAGCCCCGUGUCGGAACGGCCGCUCAGCCGUACCUUCUCGCGCGUUGGCAGGCCCGUGAGCCGGACAGAGACGGUAAGACGGCUGGGCCAGAGCGCCGCCAACAGGCGCGGCGAGGUGAUCGAGGUGGUCAUGGAGGACCAUGAUGCCGGCGCAUCUGACGAUAAGGUCGACGCGGUCGACGUCAGCCUCGUCUCCGGCCCCGACGCUGGAGACCCUGUCCCGUUCGUCAUGCGGCAGACCACGUUCCCAACCAGCAAAGCCACCACUGCCGUGUUCUACCCGCAGCCGAACUGGAAGCCCUUCUCCAUGAGGUGGCCGUAUUUGCUCUUCCUGAUCGUCCUCUCCCUCGGGCUCGGAGCCGGCGUCGAGAUGCUGUACAGAUGGUCCGCGCAAACCCCGCUGGUCAGCUUCCGGUCGCCCUCCGAGAUCCCGGCGGCCCAGUACUUUGCCGUCAAGUUCCUGCCCAUGAUCAUCGCCGUCUCGUACGGUGUGCUGUGGCAGAUCACCAACUUCGACGUGAUGCGUCUCGAACCCUUCUACCAGUUGUCCAAGGAGGGCGGCGCCCUCGCGGCCGAGUCAUUGAACGUCGACUACCUGACGCAGUUCAACCUCUUCCGUCCACUUCGGGCCCUCCACUACAGGCACUACGCCGUGGCCUUGUCGUCCGUCGCCAGCCUGCUCGCCAACACGCUGGUUCCGACCCUCGGCGCAGCCAGCAUCAUCCUCACGCCGGACCGCGAUACGCGUCUCCGGUCCCCGAACAUUGAGAAACACAUCCUCCUCCACCACGUGUGGUCCCGCCUGCUCACAGCCACCUUCGCCAUCAUCGCCUUCCUCGGCUGCAUCCUCUUCUGCCAGCUGCAGACCCGCCGGUCCGGCCUGCUCGCCGACGUCAAGGGCAUCGCUGGGCUGGCCUCGAUGGCCACCGUCAGCCACAUCCUGAUGGACUUCAAAGACACGGAUGUCGCGACGCACCAGGAUAUCCACAACAAGCUCAAAAACCGCCGCUACGUCCUGCGCAACUCGGCCCUCGCCCCGGACGACAGUCGCACCACCAACACCACUAGCACCAACGCCAACCCCACCGCCGCCGACCGCUACACGCGAAACCACCUCUCCGCCAACCCGCAACCGCUCAUGCUCCGGCCGCUCGGCGCCCUGCCCUUCCUGGCCGCCCUCGUCGGCUUCACCGCCCUGUUGCCGACCGUGCUCUUCACGCCGGCCACCGCGCUCGCCGACCGCGCCCCCUGGCUGGUCACCGCGCUGGCCGUCGUGCUGAAGCUGUCGUGGGGCGCGCUCGAGACCGACGUGCGCCUGCUCGAGCCGUACGUCAUCCUGGCGCGCCGCCACGCCGCGCCGGCCACGCUCGCGCUCGACUACACCACCAUGCCGGUCGGCUGGGUCGCCGUCAAGGCCGCCGUCCAUCGCCAUUGGGUUGUCUUCUGGGUCGGCGUCGGCACGCUGCUCGCCGAGGUGCUGACUGUGCUGGUCACCAGCUUGGUGACCGGGGAGGGGAAGGUGUUUGGCGCGUUGGCCAGUGGGGAUGGGGACAACGGCAGCGGUGGUGAUAGUCGUAGUGGUGGAGGUUCUAAUACUAAUGAUAAUAAUAGCAAUGGUGGAGGAGGAGGGCAAGGCAUGCCGGCGGAGGCCAUCAACGCCGGGCAGGAGACGGUGCCGAGCUUCUGGCUGUCGCUGGCGCUGGCGCUGCUCAUCCUGCUGUACAUGAUCGCGACCGCGGGUGCCGUGUUCGCGCGCCGCCGCCGCGUGUUCAUGCCGCGCCAGCCCAACACCAUCGCCAGCGUGCUCGCCUACAUCCACCAGAGCAAGAUGCUGUACGACUUCGUCGGCACCUCCAAGUUCAGCGCGGCCGACAUGGUCCGCCGCCUCGAGGCGCGCGGCAAGACCUACGGCCUCGGCUGGUUCCGGGGCCGCGACGGCCAGAGCCACUGCGGCGUCGACGAGGAGGAGCUGCUGAGCGAGUACAAGCCGGGCUAUGACUAUUCGAGGGCCACGAAGCCGUGGGAGGAGGCCGAGGUCAAUUGGCUUUGAGGGACAAGUCCUUGCAAAGAGCGUUCGGUGUUAUCAGGGGGGGGGCGUAUACAUGAUGUGUUGGCGUUGGGAGCGUCGGCCGGUGCAUGGCUGGCGUAUGUAUAGUAGCUACCGUACUGCAUAGCUGUGGGUUCGCUUUGGCUUCGGCGUUUGGACUGGGUCAACGGUG